AUGCGGCUGCUGUUCCUGGCGGUGCUGCGGCCGCACACCGGCAACGCGGUGACGGCCGAGCGAGUCCGGGACCAUCUAGAAGCGGCAGGACACGUGUGCAUUUUGAAAGACGCCUUUGACUUUGAAAGCCCGUCUGAAGUCUCAGACCUCAUUGCGGCUGAGAACUUGGAGGCAGCUCUGGCUCUUCACCUCUACAGGGGAGGCCGACUCUUACAAGGUCAUCAAAUUCCUUUUGGAAUCAUCUUCGGGGGAACGGAUUUAAACGAGGAUGCCAACCACAGGGAAAAAAACGAAGUGAUGGGGAGAGUGCUCGAGGAAGCCAGAUUUGCUGUCGCCUUCACGGAGUCGAUGAAGGAGAUGGCACAGACGCAGUGGCCACACGCUAAGAACAAGAUCUAUGUCCAAAGUCAAGGAAUUGCAACAAUACCGAAUGCCGCUUUUAACUGGAACAGCUUUCUUCAGCGCUCAGAGAUUAACCAAAAUGCUGACAACCUGCACGUGUUCCUUCUGAUCUGCGGGCUCAGGCAAGUCAAAGACCCGCUCUACCUGGUGGAUGCCUUUUCAGAAUGGCAUCAAGAAGAGCCCAACGUUUACAUGGUAAUUGUGGGCCCUGAAGUUGACCCCGUGUUCACCAGGGAAGUGAAAGCCAGGGUGAAGAGGGCAGCCGGGGUCCGGCUGAUGGGGGAGAUGCAGCGGGAGGACCUGCAUGCGGCCUUGAGGAACUGCUUCGCUCUGGUGAACAGCUCUGUCUCUGAGGGCAUGUCGGCCGCCAUUCUGGAGGCGAUGGAUCUGGAGGUCCCUGUGUUGGCCAGGAACAUCCCUGGAAAUGCCGCCCUGGUGAAGCAUGGAGUCACUGGGCUGCUGUUCGCUGAUCCCCAGGAAUUUGUGCAGCUGGCGAAGAGACUCAUCCGUGAUCCUGCGCUGGAGAGAGAGAUCGUGGCCCAGGGGCGGGCGCACGUGCAGAGGCACCACUCCUGGCAGGCGGAGAGGGAGACCUACCAGCACCUGGUGGGGAAACUGCAGGGGCCCCUGGAGGGCUGA